AAUGGCAGUGUGUUAUCACCAGCGCUGUUUAAUUUGGCCGAAAACCGUUUCGUCGAAGCCAGUAGUACGUGUGGAGAUGGCGUGGAUAAAGAGGAGUACUGUAUCCUUGGAGAAGUGACGAAGGGUCUCGUCGACGCUCAGGUUCGUCACGGUCAGGCGUGCGACUACUGCGAUAAGGAUGAUUCCCGGAAGAGCCACCCGGCAAGGAACGCCAUCUACAACAACGUCAAAGACUGGAUGAGUCCCCCACUCUCGAGGAGUACUAAAUACCACGACGUCAAACUCACCAUCCAUCUCGGACAGGAUUUCCAUGUCGCCUACGUCUACAUCGAGAUGGGAAUCUCGCCUCGACCUGGCGUCUGGGCCCUGGAGCGGUCUGUGGAUGACGGAAAAACAUACCAAGCCUGGCAAUAUUUCGCGUCAGACGAAGCCGAAUGCAGGAAAUAUUUCGGUCAGGACGUCGAAUUCAAAAUCACACGGGACGACUCCGUGAUUUGCGAUACGAGCUAUUCCAACAUUCUGCCUUUCCAAGGCGGAGAGAUAUACGUGCCACUCGCCGUCGGGCGUCCAUCGUCUGAGAAUUUUUUCACCUCUGAGUCGCUUCAAAGUUGGACACGCGCGACGAACAUCCGACUUCAUUUGAUGCGAACGAAGACCCUGUCGGCUGAUGUCGCCUCUGUGGACAACCAAGAUCCCACUGUGACUCGAAGAUACUUCUACUCCAUCCGUCACAUCGACAUCGGAGGCCGAUGUGUCUGCAACGGUCACGCGUCCAACUGCGAUCCGUCCCCCGAUCAAAAAUUGGUUUGCUCGUGCCGACACAACACAGACGGGGAUCGCUGCGAAAGAUGCGCUGGACUUUUCAACCAGAAGAAGUGGCUGCCGGCAUCGAUUGAAAAUCCCAAUGAGUGCGAGAAGUGCAACUGUCAUGAACAUGCGCACACCUGCCGAUACAACGCCACCGUGGAGGAGCUGGGCCUCUCGAAGAAUAUCAACGGCCAAUAUAUCGGGGGCGGUGUCUGUAUUGACUGCAUGCAUAACACCGAUGGCAUCAACUGCGAAAAGUGUAAGCCGAAGUAUUAUCGGCUGCAAGGAAAAUAUUUGACGGACGAAGACGUGUGCGGGAGGUGCCCUUGCGAAUUCGAGGGUCGCGAUCGGCAGAGAUACUCCGGAGAAUGCGACGAUCUCACCGCCCGUUGUAAAUGCGAUCCGAUGUACAGUGAGCCUUUGUGUGACCGAUGCAGUGACGGUCACUACGGAUAUCCAGACUGCAGGCCGUGCGACUGCUUCCAGAACGGAACGAUCGGAGGAAUUUGCGAGAACAACGGGGAACCCUGCCCGUGCAAGGAGAAUUUCGGCGGGAAAUUCUGCAAGCAAUGUGCUCGCGGCUUUUACGAACAUCCCAGCUGUAAACCGUGUUCCUGCAACCGUCAGCACUCCCUCGAUCCAGACGUCUGUGAUUUCGAAAGCGGCAAAUGUCAAUGCGCCCCUGGAUUCGGGGGGCGUCAAUGCGAUUCGUGCGAGGUCGGCUUCUACAACUACCCCGACUGCCAGAGCUGCAACUGUCACCAGAGCGGGGUCGAGAAGGAAGUUUGUAAUGCAAUCACCGGUCAAUGCUUCUGCAAGCCCGGCUUCACAGGGGAUCGUUGUGAAACGUGCGCGGAUGGAUUUUUCGGGCACAACUGUACAGCGUGCAACUGCAGUCCUAAAGGUAGCGCUCAAGACAUCUGUAACGGGCGAGGACGGUGCAAAUGCAAACUCGGAUGGACGGGCGACAAGUGCGAGAAGUGCGCCGCCGGUUACUAUUGGAAAGAAAAUCUACAGACUUGCGAACCCUGUUUGUGCGAUCCCUAUGGAGCCGAAGGAGAGAGUUGCGACGCAGAGGGUCGGUGCAUUUGCAAACCCAACUUCCAGCCGGGACCUAAACACCGAUGCGACACGUGCGCCACCGAGCAUUACUUGUAUCCGCUCUGCGAAAAAUGCAACUGCCAUCCGGGCGGUUCGAUCUCGGGAUCGAGGAAGUGCGAGACAGGAGCAGAGACGCGGUGUACCUGCAAGGAACGCGUCCGAGGCCGGAAGUGUGAUGCUUGCAAACCUCUCUUCACGCGACUGAGCUUGAGCAAAGAGGGUUGCGAGGAGUGCUUCUGUGACGCCGCAGGAACUCACAGCGCGAUAUUGGCUUGCAAUCCGAAAGACGGACAGUGUCCGUGCAAGAUGAACCGAGAGGGACGAGGCUGCUCUCACUGUGCUGACGGUACACACAAACGCAAGGCGGAUAAUCUCUUCGGUUGCGAAGGUUGCGAAUGCAAUCCCGCUGGUUCGUGGAGAACUACCUGCGACGGACGAGACGGAUGCAAAUGCAGAGCUCUGAUCAGUGGGGAAAAGUGUGACAGAACUUUUUCAGACAGCUACGUGCCCACUUUGCAUCAGUUCAAAUACGAAGUCGAAGAUUUCCGCACGCCGACCAGGAACGUGGUUCGACAGGGAAGCGACGAAGAAGCUUUCCCGAAUUACUCUUGGAUGGGGUACGCAACGUUUAGUAAUCUCCAGCCAGUGGUCAUCGUUGACGUGAACAUUAAGAAAAACUCGAUGCAUCACGUCGUGCUCCGCUACACGAAUCCCAGCGGCAUCGCGCAGGACAUCGUUUUCACUAUGAUUCCCGGCGGAGAGGACGGGGUUGUCAAGAAGUUCAAGGCGAAAUUGCCUCCAACGACCCAGCCUUCUUUCAUUCGCCUUGAACCAUUCGAGGAGUUCGAGGAUAAUCUCUCCGCGGGUCCGUGGGUCAUCGAAAUGCAGUCGAUGAACGUCAGCAUCGACUACCUGGUCACUAUUCCGAGAGAAUACCUGUCCGCCACCGCCCUCAAAGAGCACAUCAACAGACCGUGCAGGCUCGGCGAAAACAAAAUCUGCAAGAAGUACGCCUAUCCUCCUUUCGGGCGUUCCUCAGAGACACUCGCCGGAACUCGAGUUUCGAACACCAAGAGCAUCUCGAAGGAAAUCGAAGGCGUCAACAAUUUGGCCGCAGUCCUCAACCCAUCUUACCCGACCAGUUUCACCCUCACAGGUUUGGAAAUGGCGUCGGCUAUCAUUGUCGAGUACACUAGUAAAAAGCGAACUGUGGACGACUUCAGAGCGAACGGCUCAGUCUCGACUGUUGAGGUUGUUUUCGAGGCCGAUCAGUUCAGCCAUCGCGGGAAAAUGGUUCUGCCGUAUUGCCGCUACACAUUCUUAUGUCGUUCGGUGAUCACCGAUGUUGAGGGCCGAGUCUUUGAAACGCCGGAUCUUUUUGGAAAAACUACGACGCGUAACCUGAAGUUUACCUGGGAGUCCAACGAUCCUGACGACGAGGUCUAUCUGUACCGCGUGGCCACGGUUCCGAAGAGCGAGUACAGCCACCGACUGCUGAAUCUCAGCGCUGUUUGUAUCCAGGACGAAGACAUUUGUCACGGACUCAAGUACACGAACAUAGGGAAGAAAAUUCCUUUCGCGCAGUCCCGUGAGGUGGUCGAGCUCGAUCCCAGGAUCGAGGAUCGCUCAACGAAGGUUGUGGAACUGAGUCCCGCGAGAACUCAAUCGAUCAUUAUCGACGGCGACAUCACCGACACCGUGGGGCCUUCGUACUUUUUGAUUCACUACUACCAACCCGACUUCCAAGGAUUCGAGGCCGAUGUGAAGAUCGACCACAAUGGCCAGGUUCAAGAAGGGAAGGUCUUCCUGGACUCGUGCGCUUCGAAAACCGGUUGUCGAGCUCGAGUCUACAUUCAUAAUCAGAGGAGGGCUCUCGCCAUGAAAAUCAACGGUCGCUUCAGCGUCGAGGUCUCGUUGCCGAUCCGCAAGGAAGACGAGGACAUGAUGAUAGCCAAGCACCAGAACAGAACAUUCGAUCAUCACUCGCUCGGUCCCUACGGAAAGACGUGGCUCGAGCACGUGAUCGUCACUCCGACGUCUUCGUCGAAAGAUCUGUCUCCGCUCCCCUACGACACGUCGCAGAAGUUCAUCGAAAGAUGUAUCGACACCAACUCCUAUUACUUGGACCCAUCGAAUCUCUCGGAGUUCUGCAAAAGCAAUCUUUUCCGCCUGACGACCGCCUUCAACAACGGAGCUCUGCGGUGUCAAUGCGACGCGAAAGGCUCGAAAGGAUUCGACUGUGAGAGCUUCGGCGGUCAGUGUCCGUGUCGUGACAACGUCAUUGGCCGACGGUGCACCGACUGCAAGCCCGGCUACUUCGGAUUUCCUGUUUGUAAGAAAUGCAAGUGUCCCGAAAACGCCGUAUGCGAUAAGGUGACCGGAGAUUGUCGCUGCCCGCCGAACGUCGUGGGCGUGAAUUGCGACAGAUGCAAGCCGACCUUCUACGAUUACAACAAAGAUAACGGUUGCGAGUACUGCGAUUGCGCGGUCGAUGGGGUGAAGGGCGGGAGCCUCCAAUGCGACAUCAUCACCGGUGAUUGCGACUGUCGGGAGAACAUCGGAGACCGUAAAUGCGAUCGCUGUAAGAACGGUUUCUACGCCUACCCCCACUGCAAGUUCUGCGGAUGUGAUCAGAGAGGUGUCCGAGAUGAGAUCUGCGACAAAAACACCGCCGAGUGCAAGUGCAAACAAAACGUUGGAGGAGCUUACUGCGAAUCGUGCAGGCCGGGACAUUUCUACUUGGAGGAACAGAACCCCGUCGGCUGCACCCGUUGCUACUGCUCCGGUAAGAUCUCCGACUGCCAAUCGGCUCCGAUGCAGAAGACGAGCAUCGUCGACGUCCUCGAGUGGAGCUUGGUGUUCGUGAACAACGCCACCCUGAACUUCGAGUCGCCCGAAGAACACGAUUACGUCGACCUCAGCGCUGAUCAAACGAGUUUACUCAUUUCGGAGAACGAUUUGACGCUUCUCGACCUCGACGCGGUAGCCUACGUGAAAGCUCCGGAAGCUUUCCUCGGUAACCGUCUCACAUCGUAUGGUGGGAAUUUCUCCAUUACGGUCACGUCUUCCGUUAGAGGCGGAGAGGCUUUCCUGGACAAGUUACCGGAUAUCGUUCUCCUUGGUGACGACACGACCCUGGUGCACGUCGCGGAUUUCGACGACGUUCUCCCGUCGAAUACGGUCAGGUUGAACGUUCCGAUCAAAGAGACCUCUUUCAACCACGAUCCGAGGACUCUCCGCAAAAUCGCGACUGAUCGAUUCAGGUUCAUGAACUUGCUGGGCAACGUUCAGGCUCUCUUCAUCCGAGCCUCAUACUUCAAGUCCCCUCGGAACAUCACGCUCACAAUAUCGAUGGACUCUGCGAAGCUAGUCGACGACAUCGAUGAGAUCGAAGACCGGGUCAGGACCGUGGAGCAAUGUAAUUGUCCCACCGGCUACACGGGAUUGUCGUGCGAGCAUUGCGCCAAGGGCUUCUACCGACAAGGCAGUGCCUGCACGAAAUGUGAGUGCAACGAGCACGCCCAGGAGUGCGAUCUCCUCACCGGAAAGUGCAUCAACUGCGAGCACAACACCGAGGGCGACCAUUGCGAGAAAUGCAUCGACAGCUUCUACGGGAACGCUACGAACAAAACGCCGAACGAUUGCCGCAUCUGUCCUUGUCCGUUGGCGACUAAGUCGAACAAUUUCGCGAUCAGCUGCGAGGUGGACGUCGUAGACCGAAUGAUUCACUGCGUGUGUCCUGAAGGUUAUACGGGCCCGCGUUGCGACGUGUGCGACGUCGGCUACGGUGGUCAACCCCUUGUCGAGGGCAAGUCCUGCGAGAAAUGCUUCUGCCACAAUAACACCGACCUGAGCGUCGAAGGGAACUGCGACAAGCUCACGGCUCAUUGUCUCAACUGCAAGUACAACACGGCCGGCAAGAACUGCGAGAAAUGCAUCGAUUGGUUCUGGGGCGACGUGCCCAAUGGCCAGAAGUGCGCCGACUGCGAGUGCUACAAGGACGGUUCGGAGAGGUGCGAUCAAGCGACGGGUAAAUGUAUCUGCAAGCCGAACGUGAUCGGGCUCAAGUGCGACAAGUGCGCGCCGCAGCACUGGGAUCUAGCGUCGAGGAACGGCUGUAAGGCUUGCGAAUGCGCUGAGGGGGCGGAAAACAAAUCAUGUGACCCGAUAACGGGUGCUUGCACGUGCAAACCAGGAGUGGCACCCCCCAAGUGUGAAAAAUGCGCCCAAGGAUUCUGGAAUCUGACAUCGGCCGGUUGUCAGCCCUGCAAAUGUGUCGUAAGCCACGCCAUGGGAAUGAGCUGUGAUCAAGAGACGGGUCAAUGCGUGUGUCUCCCAGGAGUCAUCGGCGAGAACUGCGAAAGGUGUCGCGAGCGUGACGUGUUCGUCACUGGAGAAGGGUGCUUGACCUGCGACUCCUGUCACCACGAACUCUUGGAUUCUACAGACGUCCUCAGUGCGGGAGCCUAUCUGUUAGAGGCGGAGACGAAUGAGAUCAACUUGGCUGUGCUUAACUCUCGUGCGCUGAAACACUACGGCAAUGAGACCGACAACUUGCGGGCUGCUCUGGAUAGAUACAAAACUUUGUCCACGAGCAACUCGAACGAUAAGAUCGACGAUGAGUUUUCGGACCUCGGCGUGAAAAACGUCGACCUCGUGCAAAGGAUUGAAAAAAUGAUCUCGGAAAACGGGGAGCUUAUGGAUGAUGUGCCAGCGAAUGAUAUCGCUUAUAAACAAAUCCAAGCACUCCAAACCAGAGUCAAGAAUUCGCUCAAGAAACUCCGAGACUAUUCAGCGAACCUUGGAAAUCAGAUGAGCAACAACAUCCCGCAGCUUGAAGCCGAGGCUCGCGCCCACAAAAAUCUCGUUGACGAGAUCAGUGACGAGGUGGAAGGUCAACUUUUGGAUACCAACACUUUCAUGAACGCUGUUUCGUUGUAUACCCUGAAGAAGAGUGAGAAGUCAAUUUAUCUCAUCAUGAAAAUCCAAGAGGUGGAGCUCCAGCAGGAGAAGCUGACGAACCUGUCCAAACUCUUGAACAAGGCCCAAGAGAAACGGUCGCAGGUCGCAGAAACCAUUCGACAAGUGAACCAGAAAAUCGCGGAUUUGAAAGAUACGAACAUGAUUCGGAACUUGAUCGCACAAUCAGCUUCGAGCAAAGAAGCCAUCGAAGACCUGAUUCGGCGAUUCGACGGAUCCGUUCGAGAAAUCGAGACUCUGUCCAAGAACAUGACGGAAAUGAACGCGCAAAUACUGCAGUUAUCCAGCUCAACCACUGCCAAGCAAGCGGAGCUGCGUGCGGCCAAAGGUCAGCUCAGCGCUCAAGAGAGAGAGCUUGAGGAAACCGUGAGCGAGGCCGUCAGACACAAGAACUCGCUAGUGGAGAGCGUGGAGCAGGCCAAGCUGAAACUUUCGAAGGAGGGCGACGAGUCCCACCGCACCAUGGAGGCAGCCAACAGCUACACGAAUCUGAAAACGAGCGUCGAAGAAAGCGAAAAAUCGGUCGACGAUGCGCACGGAGCUUCAGCCGUCGUCGAGGAGUUGAAGCUCAAGGUCAACAAGAGCGUAUUGGCAGGUGAAGAGCUCCAGCAGGAAACAAUCUCGCUCUUCGACGCGAUACAAGAGGAUCUCAAGACGGCCAUCAAGCCCACGCAGGCUGCUCUCGACGAGGCAGAAGCUCGGGUGAACGAUUCGCUGUAUCGUGAUCUAGCCAAAUAUGACUUCUCACCGGUCGGGAGCAAUGGAGUCGAGUUCAAGGGUAUCGAUAGACUCCAAGACCGCGCUAGAUCGGCGAGUGAUCGCACAAAUCAAGUGAUCGGACAGCUCAAGAACGGGACUGGAGAAGCUGGCUCGCUAAUUACGGUCCUGAAGUCGAUCAAGGACACCGAUGAUGAAAUUUCCACCACCGAGCGGGAGAUGAAAGACAAACCCUUGGCCUGGCGCCUCAAGACUCUGGAGAUGAGGAGCCAGACCGGUGCCACCAUGCAGGAGAGACUUGCGUUGAAUCUCGAGAGGCUCAGAGAGAAAAUUCUGGUGACCCGAGGGAUCGCGAACAGCAUCGCGGUCGGGCUCGAACUCCGAGGAGGUCCGGAUUCGCGACUGACCUACGUGAAACCGAGCGCUCUGAAAGACAUCAAGGCCUGGAUGGACAUCGGAAUGUACGUGAAUACCAGCCAGGCCAGCGGUUCGAUUCUCUACAUCGGUCCGGACGAGAGCGACGAUGUCGACGUCGACUAUCAGAACCGAAGCCGACGCCAAUCCUCCCAGGACCGGAACGCCAUCGGGGAGUAUCUUCUCAUCAAACUCGAGAACUGGAGAGUGGCCGUGGACUUUGCGCUCGACCGCAGCAUCGUCCAGCACUUUGUCCACGACCAAGAGCUGAAGCCCGACUCGACCUACUUCAUCAACAUCAAGAGGGUCGGAACCCAGAUACAGAUCUCCGUCGACGAUAAUCGCAAAUCGUUCAGGCUCAAUCCCGGAUUCUUCGUCUUCCGAGUCGACGAGGACUCACCGAUUCUGAUUGGCCAUGCCCCGACCGAAGCCAAGACGGUAGCUUUCCGGGGACAGAUAACAAACGUCGUCAUCAACAACGUCGCCAUAGGUCUCUGGGAGUUUAAGAAACGUGGGCUCGCAACACCGCGUGGGGCCAAACCCCAGCCCGCCGACAGAACCCUCCAGAAAAUUGACGAGGAAUGGGUCCGUUUCGGUAGUGACGGAUACGCGGUUCUGAAACCGACCUACAUGACGACUUUCGGUGUCGGCAAGUCGCUGAGUCUCACUUUCAAGACCCAUGCUCCCGAAGGACUUCUGUUCGUCUACGACAACGCGACUCGCGACCGAUACUUCAUCCUGCAGAUCAGGAACGGACGACCUGAGAUCCUGUUCAAGUUCGGCGACAUCGCGGUCGGGAACUUCUCGGUCGAUGAAGCGGUCAAUACCGGUAACGUGACCGGACUUUACGUUUCGAUAUCGGACGAGGCGAUUCUGCUCCAAGUGGACAGUUCCGAAGGAUCGAGGCAGAACAAUUUCGCCAUCCCGCGCGAGGCUCUGAACCGCGCGGAGCUGCAGAGCUUGGAAGGUUUAGCCUCACAUUACAAGAUUGGCGGGGUCCCUCUGAGUGAGCGCAAGAGUUUCUAUCCGGGAAUGGUGCGCACCUCGUUCGAAGGAUGCAUCAAAUACUUCGCCAUGACCUCGACACCGCUGACGUUGAGAGACAUUAAGAACUCCUUCGGAAUCACCAGAGGCUGUCGGAGCGAAGUCGUACAGAAACUGUCGCUGCUCGACGACUCUGCGCAGAGUCACAAACAUCUCAGACUGGAUAACGUGGAUAUGGUUAAGCUUCCGACAACUUUCACUUUCCGAUUCAAGACGGUCAAGAAGGACGGAUUGAUAUUCUUCGCGAGAAAUGGCGAUCCCAUCGACAGCCAGAUCAUAAUCGGCCUCCACAACGGGAACCUCGUGGUUUCCACCAAGCCCGGCGACACUUAUAAAGCCGGCGCCAUGCUCAACCUUGCCGACAAUAAAUGGCAUUACGUCGUGAUAACGCUCAACAAGAAGAAACUUAGCGUCGCGAUAGACGACGGAUCGCCCAUCACUCCGCGGCCCCAUCAGGAAGGCUGGAAAAUCAGUGCUCCCUUCUACUUCGGAGGUUUGGACGACGAAACCUCCGGCAAGGUUCACGAGAACGGUCAGUACGUCCAGCGACAGUUCAGCGGUUGUCUCGCCGAUUUCACGAUCGACAACAAAGAGAUAAAUUUCGGCCUCGGAAACAACGUCGGAGCCACGCUCUCGUCCUGCAAAGCCGUCAUCCAGGAGAACAAGAAACGCGAGAGCGAUCUCCUUCGCGAGGAGUCCGACCCCCAGUGCGUCCUCAAAUACGGACCGGGCUUGCCCUACAACCUCACAUCCGGGUCGGACGCGGCUUUCCGAUUCGGUUCCAUGCUCUACACACGAAGUGAAACCGUUCUCGACGCAAGCGAGAAGAACAAACUGCGUUACGACUCAGUCAUCGAGCUCGAUUUCAGACUCGGACCGUAUUUCGAGGACGGGACCCUAUUCCUGGCUUCGAGCGCCACAGUCAACCAGACGAUGGACUACGUCCUAAUCUACAUGUCUGGAGGAGCAGUUUUCGCAACUUUUGAACUGAGCGGAGGCCCCUUGACCGUAACGAUGCCCGGCCGUUUGUACAACGACGGAAAGUAUCACCAACUGAAGUUCGAGAGACAUGCGCAACAGGGCGCCAUCUAUGUCGAUGGUGAGAAGGGCACCGAAGCGAAAUCGCGGGCCCAACAUCUAGAUUCCGUGGACAAGGUGUUCUUUGGGGGUAUCCCUGAGGAACAUUCGAACUUUUUCGCCGCAAAGCAGCCCCAGGCUCGCAAGGAGUCCUUCCUAUCCUUCCCUGGCUGUAUCAAGGACAUCAGGGUCAACGGCAACGGGAUCGUGCCGACGGAUUCGUUCGAUCGGGUCCUGCCUUGCGAUUCCGGUCAGAGAAUCGAGGACGGAACGUACUUCGGUUAUUCAUCCGGAAAACACUUGCAUGUGUCGAUGUACAACAACUUCAAGAUCACCUACACAACGCGGGUCUCUCUCAGGAUCAAAGCGCGCCGCGCCACCGGUCUUCUCUUUUUCACCCAAGACUCGGGGCGGCGUAACCACCUGGCCCUGUAUCUUCGGAACGGCACUGUCGUUGCCCAACUGAAGUUCGACAACUUUAUUGUGAAGGCUGAGGUCUCGCGAAGCUUAAUCUGCGAUGGUGAAUGGCAUUACGUAAUGCUGACGCUCGAGUCUGUCGUCAUGAAUCUGGACGUCGACGAUCACGUGGAAUCAGCCACCGAGGAGAAUUGGAUUCCGUUCCCGCAGGAGAUAUCCGAUGGACCAAUUCAUUUGGGUGGUUUACCGAAGGGAGUCCGCGAGCCGACUCUCGAGACGUCGACUUCGUUCGGCGGAUGCAUCAAAGACUUCUUCAUAGGACCUUCGGAAGGCUCAUCGGCUAAUUCUGUGAACCCAUUGCCCCCCAAAGUCAACAUCGCCAGCGUUGCGAAGAAUCUCGUCGGUGAAAUUUAUCUAUCGAGCUGUUACAGUAAUUGA